GUGCCGGCAGUCGGAAUCAGACCUCCGACCAGUUGACGUCUCGUCGAGUCCCAAUCCCUUACCGGUAUCGCCGACACCGUAUAUUACGACAAAAUAAAUAUCCGCCUAUGCUAUUUAACUCCGCACCCAUUUUCACACCGCCUUCCCGUCAUUUAACCGACUCGAGACCCCUUUUUCCGCCAUGGACCUCGAGGAGCACAGAGAUGUCAGACUGAACGACGUCUUCAACAAGAUAUCAGACUUGCUCCAGGCGGAACAGCAAAGUGUCACUCGGCCCAAGCUGCUUCAACAAACGCUUGGACAACCCAACGGUGUGCGGGAUGAUAUGCUAUCAUGGAACUGCGAGUUGGCUUUGGCGAGAAGGCUCGAGACGGAGCUGCGCGCGGCCAAGUCGGAACAGUUGUCCUGCGGUGAAGUCCUGCUGCCGUCGGACCUCCUGCAGAGAGUGUCCUCCGAAGUCCUGUCACUAGCCGAAGUCGAGCCGUGCGGCCUGCGCGGCUGCACACUUUACGUCGAAUUCCUGCCGGCGGAUUUCCAACAGGCUAGGAGGAUAGCGACGGUCAAGUGCGACCCGAACACGGUCUCGACUUUCGAAUUGACUCUGACACUCAGGCAAGACCGGUCGUCAGGGUCGUGGACGAACAUCCUCCCUCAAUUCAUCAAAAACCUCACUCGCGGAGGUACAAUAAUGAUCUCACACGAUUUCGACAUCACGAAGAAGAAACUCUACCGGUCUUACCUAGAGUGAAAACGUUAACGUCCGGGGAACAACCGCGAAACGGGGUGCCAACUAACAAAAAAUCUUGGAGAGAGGAAUUUCCCCAAAAGACUGAAAAAUUAAAUUCUCGUACCCGGCGGCUACGGCGGCGCCUGAUGUCUUUUUACAAUGAGCACUUCUUUUCGUUUUUCUACCCGUUCAUCGUCAUCGUGCUCGUCGUCAACGUUUGUCUAAAAAAGUAUGGCAAUAUAAAUUAUAUUAGUAUAUAAUCUAUAUGUAUUUCACCGUGCACAUAAAAAACAUUUUUUUUACGAAGUAACAAUUUUAAUUUUUUCUUUCUCUUUAUUUAGUUUUUGUAGGAUUAGAUUUUAAUAGAUUUAAACAAAAUAUUUUUUAUAAGGUUUAAAAAUAACAUUUUGACGAUACCUUUAUAGUAUAUACAUUACAACUCUAAAGAGCGUGAUUUGAUUUAUUUGUUUCUGUUUCCAUUUUGUCGAUGUUAAUACAGAGUCGAUUUGUAAAUCGAUGUUUUAUUAACUUUGGACUGAGAUAUUCGCUGUGCAAAAGUUCCCUUUCUCACGGUAAAAUUGUAUUACAUCUCAAGAAAAAAAAUGCAAAAAAUUAAACCACCCAUAUCAGAAGCUUUGUAGUUUGUAACACACAAAAUACCAUUUAAGGAUAUCUUCUAUGUGAUUCUAUUAGUAUAUAUUAUUUUUCAAAUAUAUAGUUAUAUAUAAUAAUUAUUGAAGUAUUUGUAUAUCGGAAAUGUUUUAAUAAUGGUGAGCUUAUAACUGAAAGGACAAUUUUUUGAAUUUACAAUAACAAGAUAUAAAAUUUGUGAUUUGAUUAUAUUAUAACAAUAUAUAUUAUUAAUAUAUAUUACUAUUGAAUAAAAAUAUAUUUGUGUAUAGAAAGUAAUAAAAGCUUUAAUAGGUUGUGUCGUCUUUCAAAAACUUGUGUGUUAAAAGUUAGGGCAGAGUUUUUGUCAUUAGGGCUAGUGUCAGUCAUUAAUUUUGUAUUAAUUUUUUUAAUUUUUUAUGAUCUGAUUUUUUGAGGAUUGUUUUUUUGAAAAGUAAUGAGGGGAAUGCCCAAGUACCAACCCCACAAUGUGAUAGAGAGAAAAUAUUUGUAUAUUAUAUAUUAUUUUGGGAGGUUUUAAAAUGUUUAUUUCUUGUUUCGAAACUCUGCUGUUGCGUAUUAAUUGUACCACGUAUUUUCUUUAGUUUUUCCUUUUCAUAUUUGUUGAAAAGGAAAAAGUGAGAAAAAAGUUUAUAUCUAUUAAUAUUUAAAAAUUUGUAUGUCAUGAUCUCAAUUAUCAACCAGUCGGUUGUAUAUGAUAUAAAUAUUAUAUUAAUGUAAGGAAUAAUAAUAUAUUUAACGAGACUUCAGUAUUUUGUAAAUUACAAGGCCUCCGAUUAUAAUGUGAAAAAGCUCAUAGAGCAGAAGAAAGAAAAAAACUUGUCAAAAACACCCUUGUUUCAUUUUUUGAAAAUGUCCAGUCAAAUUUUUGUAAUAUUUAAAAUAUGUGAGAAAAAUUACUAAUAACGAAAUUAUAUAGUGUGUAGAAAAGAGCGAGGCGAAUUUCACAUUUUUUGUACUUUUUGUUAUAAUGAGAAAUGGAGAGAAGUAUUAUUUACUAAGUGAUUAAGAGAUAAAAAAAUCUUGCAAAAAAGAAUAUGUGAUUAAAAAAAAUAAUAAACGAUUUAAAAAUUA